CUUCACUUGGUCCGAUAUAAAAGGCAAAUGUUUCCAAAACUGAGUGCAGUCCGUUAAACGAACGACCAGGUGCAACAUGGUGUGCUUCAAGAUUUCGACGGUGAUUUUCGUUUGUUUUUUGGCCACGACUACAGGUCGCAGGCUUGAAAUUAAGGCGAAGAGGCAAGUUCCCGCUGUUGAUGAAAAACAAGAUCACGCUUCUGCCCAAACAGGACUUAGUGCUGCUGUACAUGGCGGAUCAAAACAUUUUCAAUACAUCCACGUGCCCUCUAAAGACCACUUUGAACACGGCCACAGGCGAGGGAAUGAACAUCAUUUCACAGAACGACACGAAAAGUCUAAUCCGCAUGCUGGUGAAUUCAAAACUAAAGUGAGAUGGGGCGAUAAACACGGAGGAUAUGGCGAACAUUACUGGGACUUUAAUCAUGCUGGUCACGGGGAUGAUGGAAGUCACGAAAGCCGGAACGAAGAAUACACCGCUUAUGACGAAGAGGAGAGCCAACAAGUACCGGUUGUAACAGCUGAAAGACAAAAGAGGGCAAAGGAAGACGUUGAGUUCAUCAAUGAUGAGGCGAAGAGCGCUUAUGCGGAUGGAACCAUGCAGAAACAUGGUGGUAAUUACAAAAAGGCCAAGGAUUAUAGAGAGAAGAGAGAGAAAAAUAAAGCUGGAUUAUUUUACAAUCCCGAAUCUGGGAAGUAUUAUAAGAAGAAGGUCAAGGAGUAUUUUAACGAUUCGGACGACUUUUUUGUUUAGGUUGUAACUUAAAAUUUUGUUAAAGUCUGUAAAUUUGUUAUUUAGUUUUUAUGGAUAUUUUUAUAUUGAUAGUUGUAAGAAUUAUUAUAAG